CUGGAACACAGUAACCAGGUCUCCUCGUAAACAAGAUGGCGGGCAGUUUUCGAGGCUCGGGGAGUUUUCCUCCAAAUAGACCCCCAGAUAGAAACACUUUCAACUCAAAUCCCCAGUUUAGACCGCAUUAUUAUCAAGAAGCCAGCGAAGAAAGGAAUUUUCAAGGCAACUAUUUGGCAAGACCCCCAAAUAGCACAAGAUAUGGUAGUUCGCAAGAUGCUCGUUGUCAGGCUGACAAGAUGGGAUAUGGAAACGAAACACAGACCAAUAAUUACCAAGACUCCCUUUCCAGUGAAAACUGUGUCAUUCGUUCGCAAAACUCAAGACCAUCAAAUUUAAGCAUUCCCCAACCAAGGCAAAACCAUCAUGACUUCACAAGUUCACCGGACCACUUUGGACCUUACAUGCGAAACGACCAAGAAUUUGAUGGAAGAACGCAUUCAUUCCACGACGGGCAAUGCAAUAGACCUCUUCAGGGUAUUCCUCAAAUAAGAAACAGCCCAUUCAACUCACCUUUCCAGGGGGGACCACUUCGAAUGAUGCUUCCCCCUGGAAUGCCUCCCCUGUUACUGGGACCUCAAGAAUUUUCUCCAAAUAUCCCUCCUCCACGAUUUGGAUUUACAGGGCCACCUCCUGGCCCGACACCCCUCUCAGCAAGCCAAAUGCCUCCAGGACAGACCCCCAUGAUUCCAGGUCAGACAUCUGUGCCUCUAGGACAGGCCCCCAUGCCUCUAGAACAGGUCCCCAUGCUUCCAGGACAGGCCCCGCUUUCAGUGCCAUCAUCAACAGGAACAACUUCAGAUCUAGAGGAGGGGGAGAUCUUGAAAAAUGAAGACAGAAAAUGGGUUGAAGAGUUUUUAAAAGGAAUAGCACCAACAUCAAAUACAGAUCAACAUGCUACAGAAACAAAGCUGGUUGAAGCCAGAAAUACUCUUCAGAAAUGGAACCAUCUUCUAAAGCAGCUCAAAGCACAGAGAGACAAGCUAAUUGAUUGUGUACAAGGCAGUGUAUCAGAAUGGCAAAAAGAGGUGGAGAGAGCAAACAAACUAAAGGUUAUGCUUCAAGAAACAGAGAGGAGACUUGGCGAGAAGGAAGUGCAAGAACUGACAGAGAAAUGGAAAAGGAGAAAACGAAAACAGGAAUGGCUGAAAAGAAGAAAGAUAAAGAGAACUCUUGAAAAGCAAGCUGCAGAAAAACGAAGGCUACAACUUCACCAGCAGAUAGAUGAAUGGAGAGAAAAGGAAAUUGCCAAAGACCAGGCAAAAAUCAAGGCUGCAAAUGUAAAGAGAGAAGCAGGUGGGGUGCUGGGUGAUGUCCGCAAGAAAAAGUCUGAUGCCAGCAAGGCCCUGGAACUAAUCAAAGCCUUGAGGAAACUAAGACAAUUCCGAAAACAAGAAGCAGAGCUCAAAGGUGUUUAUCCAAAGCCAAUGCCAGAGCACAACCAAGAGUUUGACAAUCGUCUGAGUCAUCUUGAACUGUUAAUGACAAGGCAAAGCAAGUUGUACAAUUCUGAGGAACAAACUCUGAUGGUAAUGAUGGCUGAGGAAGAUGAGGAACAGAAGAGAAAGACAAGAAAAGAAAAGGACACAAAGAACCUUGCAGAGGCGGCUGCGGCUACUGACUGUACUGACCCAUUGCAAGUAUUUUACAACUACUACACACAAGCAGAGAACAGUCUAGAUGCACUCAUAUAUAUCAGGCAUGGGUGGGAUAUGUAUACUGUGCCGAGCCAUGUUCCAGGGGCCACUCAUAUACCAGACGACUACCCCCCUCCAUGUGAGCCUAGUUCUUAUGCAUGGGCAAGAUGGGCUACAAGCAAGAGAUGACGACUACCCCUCUCCAUGCGGGCCUAGUUCUUAUGCAUGGGGAAGAUGGGCUACAAGCAAGAGAUGACGACUACCCCUCUCCAUGCGGGCCUAGUUCUUAUGCAUGGGCAAGAUGGGCUACAAGCAAGAGAUGACGACUACCCCUCUCCAUGCGGGCCUAGUUCUUAUGCAUGGGGAAGAUGGGCUACAAGCAAGAGAUGACGACUACCCCUCUCCAUGCGGGCCUAGUUCUUAUGCAUGGGCAAGAUGGGCUACAAGCAAGAGAUGACGACUACCCCUCUCCGUGCGGGCCCAGUUCUUAUGCAUGGGCAAGUUGGGCUACAAGCAAGAGAUGACGACUACCCCUCUCCGUGCGGGCCUAGUUCUUAUGCAAGAUGGGCCACAAGCAAGAGAUGACGGCUACCCCUAUCCAUGUGAGCCUAGUUCUUAUGCAUGGGCAAGAUGGGCUACAAGCAAGAGAUGACGACUACCCCUAUCCAUGUGAGCCUAGUUCUUAUGCAUGGGCAAGAUGGGCUACAAGCAA